AUGGAAAAUAUAGAGUCAUAUAUUAUCACAUACCAGAAGAAGACAAAACAGGAAGUAAUACGGACAUGGGAAGGAACGGGCAACCAACUGGACAGAGGGAAAUUAAUCUUACAGAUUCAGCCGUGGGGGAGAAUCAAAAUAUCCUUGUCUGCGAGCCUCCCCCUAAGCAGGAAUAAGAUACAAUCAUUAAAAAUCUAUAUUAUAAGAAAGCUAGACACGACCCCAAAACAAACAAACAAUGAGGAUAAGGGUGAUCUAACAAUAAUACUAAUAUAUAUAAAACCCGAAGAAGAAACAACCAGGAUCCCAGGAAAACUAGGAUCAGUAACAAUAGGUAUAUAUAACGAAAAGAGUUAUCAGAAGUUACCUAAGAACUCUAUGGAAUACUUAUAA